AACUAAUGACAGGAUGCAUCCUCUGUUAUGAAACAGUGGUAUCUUCUCAUCGACAACGAUAUCAUGAUUCAUAAUUGACAUGAAAUUCAGGAUCAAAGUCUGUGAGAUAAAUGAAUGUGUUAGCGACAAAACUCACAUGUUACCCUAGUUCAUUCAAGCAGUGAAGAUAUUAUUAGCUCUGCGACUAGUUGGUAGCAAAAUCAGAUGGACGUAGUCGGAUAUUUGUUGUUAACACCUGUCGGUACUGCACUUGUGGUGGGAGGUCUAUUUCUUGUAAUUCUCAGAAGGUUUUUGUAUCGAAAAGGGAAGUCGGACUCAAAUCUCCCGCCUUUACCAGAGGUACCAGGGUUGCCAGUGGUUGGAAAUCUGCUGCAAUUGAAAGAGAAGAAACCGCACAAGACGUUUACCAAGUGGGCGGAGACAUAUGGCCCUGUUUACUCCAUUAGAACCGGUUCCACCACUCUGGUUGUCCUCAAUUCUAAUGAUGUGGUUAAGGAGGCCAUGGUAACAAGAUUCCCUUCCAUCUCUACUAGAAAGCUAUCAAAAGCACUGCAGAUCCUUACUUCUGAUAAAACAAUGGUUGCAAUAAGUGAUUAUGAUGAGUUUCACAAGACAGUAAAAAGACAUUUACUAACACAUAUCUUGGGACCAAAUGCUCAGAAGCGGCAUCGCAUCCACAGAGAUGCUUUAAUUGAAAACACAUCAAAGCAGUUGCAUGCUUUGUUAAAAAAUCGUCCUCUUGAGCCUAUAAAUUUCAGAGAAUUGUUUGAGUCGGGGCUUUUUGGACUGGCAAUGAAGCAAACCUUAGGAGAGGAUGUGGACUCUAUUUAUGUGGCUGAUCUUGGAACAACAAUGUCAAGACACGAGAUAUUUAAAUGUCUAGUUCAUGAUCAGAUGGAGGGUGCAAUCGAUGUAGAUUGGCGAGACUUCUUCCCAUAUUUAAAUUGGAUUCCAAACAAAAGUUUUGAAAAGAAGAUCAAGCAGAUGGAUAUACGCAGGACAGCAGUUAUGAAAUCUUUGGUUCAGAAGAUCAGAGAAAAAAGUGCUUCAAAAGAGGGGAUGCAGUGUUAUCUUGAUUAUCUGAACUCUGAAGGAAAAACACUCUCAGAAAAGCAAAUUCAGAUGUUGCUUUGGGAGGUGAUUAUCGAAACAUCAGACACUACCAUGGUUGCAACUGAAUGGGCCAUGUAUGAACUUGGUAAAGAUUCAAAGCGGCAGGAUCGUCUUUAUGAGGAGAUCAGAAGGGUGUGCGGGUCUUCUAAAAUCACUGAGGAGAAUCUGCAUCAGCUUCCUUAUCUCUAUGCUAUCUUCCAAGAGACUCUGAGAGUUCAUAGUCCAGUUCCAAUAAUUCCAUUGCGUUAUGUCCAUGAAGAUACUCAGUUAGGAGGCUACUUUGUUCCCUCUGGAAGCGAGAUUGCCAUAAACAUAUACGGAUGUAACAUGGACAAGAAUGUGUGGAAAAAUUCAGAAGAGUGGAAUCCUGAGAGAUUCAUGGGAGAUAAAUCUGAUACAAUGGAUUUGUACAAGUCAAUGGCCUUUGGAGGGGGUAAGAGAGCUUGUGCUGGAGCUAUUGAGGCAAUGACAAUCUCUCGUAUGGCCAUCGGUAGACUAGUGCAAGAAUUUGAGUGGAGAGUGACAGAUGAUCAGGUAGAUGAUGUCGAUACAGUAGGGCUUACAUCUCGCAAACUGCAUCCAAUGCUCGCGCUCAUAACUCCAAGGAGCUGAUUUAAUGAAGUCUCACCGGCUACUAUACCAGGCUUUAGUUUUUUAGUUAAAGGAUACCUAGUUCAUUGUAUGUCUAGUACAUGUCUCUUUGGUUCAUUGUAUUUUAGGCUUUGGUCUGGUUUGCAUCAUUGCCAUGCUUUCUACGACUAUACGCAUUUCUGGUUAAACUACUUUGAUGACUCCAGUGCACAUAAAAUAAUCCAUGGAAAGCAAGUUUACU